AAAACUCGUAGUGGUCCCCUCGAAAACAUUUCUUACCAAAACAAAAUAAAACGAAGUUAACAAAAGUCUUAUCUCAUCUGUUCAACUCUAAUCUAAUUUCAUCUCCUCCUUUUCUCAUUCUCAUUCACCAAUGGACUCCAUGUCCCCAAGACCUCAAGAGAAUCAGAAGGUUGUACCUGCUACACACAGCAAUGGACUCCACUCUCAGACUCAACCUCCAAAGCCAACAACGAGGUCCGAACCCGGAAACCCAUACCCGACAACCUUCGUCCAAGCAGACACUUGCUCCUUCAAGCAAGUAGUCCAAAUGCUGACGGGUUCCUCCGAAACAGCCAAACAAGCCUCAUGCUCCAAACCCAUAAACCCGACCCACAGCAUCCCACCCAUCAAAUCCAUACCGAAGAAGCAACAAUCCGGGUUCAAACUUUACGAGCGUAGGAACACCCUCAAGAACCUCAACAUCAACCCUCUCAUACCCCUUUUCUCUUCCAACAGAAAACCCGACAUCCUCUCUCCCAGCAUCCUCGACUUCCCCGCACUCGCUCUCAGCCCCGUCACGCCCCUCAUACCCGACCCGUUUGACCGCUCCACCACACCCGGCUCCAACACUGCAAGCCCUUCCUUGGAUGCAGAGGCUGAAGCCAAAGCUAUCAAAGAGAAAGGUUUUUUCUUGCACCCUUCGCCCGCUUCUACUCCCAGAGACGCUGAACCCCGUUUGCUUCCCCUCUUUCCCACAACCUCUCCCAGAGCUUCAGGUUCUUCUUCUUCUUCGUCUUCUGCGGCUUCUUGAAUUUCUUUUUCUUUUUUUUGUAACUCUUCGUUUUUCUGUAAGUUUCAUAUAUGUGAUUUCUGUGUUUAUAUUAUUGCCAUUCAUGUUCAUCAGAGGGAUAGAUUUGUUGUGGAUUAUGAAGAGAAUCGAAUAAUCUUGCUUCAAUUGAAUGUAAAUUUCAUUGUGCUCUCUUUUCGUCAUUUUAUUAGUGAUUAAAGUUAAAAAUUAAAGUGAAUAACACUU